CGGACAGGCAGCGGAGUGAACACCAGCGUGAGGCCCCGCCACGCUUCCACCCGGGCGCGGCUGCAAUGACGUCACGGACCCGCCCGCCGCACGCACGCGCACUGCGACCAGCAUGAGGGUCGCGGCUUUGAUCAGUGGUGGGAAGGACAGCUGCUACAACAUGAUGCAGUGCAUUGCUGCUGGGCAUCAGAUUGUUGCUUUAGCAAAUCUAAGACCACCUGAAAACCAAGUGGGGUCAGAUGAACUGGAUAGCUACAUGUAUCAGACAGUGGGCCAUCAUGCCAUUGACUUGUAUGCAGAAGCCAUGGCUCUUCCCCUCUAUCGCCGAACCAUAAGAGGGAGGAGUGUGGAUACAGGACGAGUGUACUCCAAAUGUGAAGGUGAUGAGGUUGAAGACCUCUAUGAGCUUUUGAAACUUGUUAAGGAAAAAGAAGAAGUGGAAGGGAUAUCAGUAGGCGCUAUUCUUUCUGACUAUCAGCGUGUUCGAGUAGAAAAUGUGUGUAAAAGGCUUAAUCUUCAGCCUUUAGCUUACCUUUGGCAGAGAAACCAGGAAGAUUUGCUCCGAGAGAUGAUAGCAUCUAACAUUCAGGCGAUCAUCAUCAAAGUAGCAGCUUUGGGUUUAAGUCCAGAUAAGCAUCUUGGAAAAACCCUGGAUCAAAUGGAGCCUCAUCUCUUAGAGCUUUCUAAGAAAUAUGGAGUCCAUGUUUGUGGAGAAGGUGGAGAGUAUGAAACGUUCACUUUGGAUUGCCCUCUAUUUAAGAAGAAAAUAAUUGUAGAUUCAUCAGAAGUAGUCAUACAUUCAGCUGAUGCAUUUGCACCUGUGGCUUACCUACGCUUUUUAGAAUUGCACUUGGAGGACAAGGUGUCCCCAGUGCCUGACAACUACAGAACAUCUAAUUAUAUACACAAUUCUUAAAAAGCAUUUUUGAAUACUGUUUACUAAGCUGCCAUUUCCAUAUGAAAAAAAUUACAUAGCAUUUUCUCAAUUAUGAUGUCCUGCUUUUUCUCAUUACAUUUUUAUCAUCAGAAAAAGUUAAUGGAACCAUUGAUUAAUUGGGGAAAUGUGAAUGCCAUGUUCAUUAUAUUGUCAAGUUACUCAGGAUUCACCCUGACUUUUUGUGAACACAUCCUAUUCAUGUCCUCUAUACUCUGCAGGAUAUGUGCCUUUUUCUUUUUUUAACCUUUGCUUCAUAUACCACCCUCACUGCUGUGACAUUUUUUACUUUUAUCACAAUGGUUUGUUUUCCUCUUCGUCUCUUUCCUGCUCUUAUAUCUGCCAAUAAUAUCAUAGUGCAGAAGCAUUUGAAAAAGGAUGAAAAGGCAAUCACUUAGCCAAUCAGAUUUAAUCUAUUGGAUGUCACCAAAGUGCUGUAUCAUUUUUGCUCUCAGUAUAUUCAUUGUUUCAACAUUAUUGGACAAUUAGGAAGACUAUCAUUAACUCUUAUUGGUUAUUUUAUAACUGAUUUUUUAAAAGCAACUUUUCAGUAUUACCUGUGCUGAUUUUAGGCAGCUUUUAAAAAAAAAUAGACUUUAUUUUUUAGAGCAGUUUCAGAUACACAGCAAAACUGAGCAGAAUGUAUAGUUCCCAUAUACACCUGCCCCCACACAACAUAGUCUCCCCAUAACCAACAUCCCCCACAAGAGUGGUACAUUUGUUACAGUUGAUGAACCUAUGUUGACACAUCAUAAUUACCCAAAGUCCAGUGCCAUAUUUAUUUUCCUUUCUGCAUAAAAAUCCAUAACAGUGUCAUGUUGUUUUCUAAAUAAAGAAGAUGCUUAGCCAUGAAUGGAGAACCAUCUGAUAUGUUGCCCUAACAUCUUUUUUUCAGUCUUGCUCCCAAGACUCCCCUUACAUGUAUUAUUUUCUCCAGUAAUAUAGAAACACUGGAUAUUCUCUUACAAUGCCUUCUGCUUCUCUUCUGCCUUGCCUUAGCAUAUUCUUUCUUCUUUGUCUUCCUUUCUUCUUCCAUUUUUUAACUGUUUACAUCCUGCCCAGGAUGCAGGAUUGAAUUCGAAUAUUCUUACACAUUUAGCCACACCCCUGGCCUGCCCUAACACUUUGUUUCUUCUGUGCUUGUGACAGAUAGCUUAAUCAGCUUUAUGUUAUAGUUGUUAAGGAAUUAUUGUGUCUACUAGGUUUAUAAACUUAUUGAGGAUUAUUCUUUUUUCAUCUUCAUACUCUCUGUAAUAGCUGUUCAUUCUGCAAUAAGAAUUUUUGAAUUUAACUGAUUAUUAUUUUCAUACUUCAUUUUUUCUUCCUACAGAAUUUUAUAGACAUGUGCUUUCAUUUUAUGUUGCAUACCAUUUAAAGAAAGUCAUUUUUUUCUUUAUUUUUCUUUUAUCUUUGUUGUUGGAGAAAAAUGUCCUGAACACACUGAAAUGUAAAAUACAACCUUUAGAGGGUUUUUUAGUGUAAAUUUGUUAUAACUAAGAUUUUCACUUUGUAUAUGAUAACCCUUAAAUUUUUAACCUAUUUAAAUUUUUCCUUAUUAAAAUCUUAAAUUAUU